AUGUCUGUUGGAAGACCAGUGCAGACUGCGAAACAUCAACACUCAAUAUGGCAGGAUGUACCAGAAGAUGCUUUCCGUCGAAGGAUUGUCGCACUUUCUGCAGCAACCAAGGGUGUCCCGGGCGAUGCGAGGUACUCGGUGUCAUGGUCAACCAGUACUCAAGACAUACCUCCUGCGACAGGAUCUCGGACAUUAUCCUUCAAGACAGAGCAACGCCUUGCAGAUGACAUUGCAUUUAUCUUGGCAACCCAACAGGGUGGUGACAGUAUCACAGCUGUUUGUGUGGAGGAGAUUGCAGAGCCUGCGGGUCUCAUCAUACGUGUUGCUGCAACUGAAGGGGUGCCAGGAGAAAUCCAACGUUCUCUGGAGAUGAGGCUCGAGAAGUGUACAUCAACCUUAUCGGACUUGAUACUGGGUCUGUCACAGGAACGCAUUUUGUCUCGCAUGAGAUUAUUUCUCGGGGAACGUCCUUCAUCAUCUCGUCCACGCAGAAGGGGGUCAAUAAGUUCCUCGACAUCUGGUUCCGAAAAGGCGUUGAUUCGAAUGCAAGCUGCCGCUUCUACACCCGCUGCCACCGACCUGGUCAGAAGACUGUUUGAGCUAAGGAGGAUGGUCGAAAGCGUGCUGCACUCAGGGGCAUCACAGCCGGAGUGGGGGCUGCAGGAGAUCGUGAAAGAGAGCUUCAGCAUCACCACCUCCGAUGGACAAGUACCUUUCCGUCACAAUCUCGAAAACGCCGGUUUGAAUGCUCAAGAAUGGUUCAACAACAAGUACAUCACGCAGGUCGACAAGCUGGGCGCAUAUCACCGAAUCCCACAGACCUUGGCCAGAGAAGCCCGCAGGAGGAAGACGAGGCACCUGUUCUCAAAUAUCAAGUCGCUCUACAUCGACCCAUAUGAACCUCGAACAAGCCCGAUAUGCCUCUCCGGAAAGAAGACCCUUUGUUACGUCCAUGCAGAAUUACAGAUGGUUGUACAUUAUCUUCUCUCACCACCCCUGAUACUCCCACGAGUCAUAGGUACCAGCAAAGAAACAUGCUUCCUCUGUCAUCUCUUCAUCAAGAGACUCGGUGCUUUUGUUGUGACCGCUACACAUGGGCGUCUGUACGAUCAGUGGACCGUGCCAGAUCUUGCAGAGUACACGCCGGGACAUGUUGAAGCGCUGAGGGCGGUUAUAAGGAGAAUGAAUCGGGAUUGCUCGCUUUUGGGAAGGAAGAGACAUUCACGGCGCGGUCAGCACCCCCUGACAAGCCGACAGAAUUUGUACGAGAUGCCGACCUUUUCGCCCCUAUCGACCUUACUGAGCGCACGGUUCGACACAGAGUCGAGCCUGCUGCCAACCGCAGAUGCAAAUAACGCAGGCACCAGGGUCUCUUCCACGCGUCAUUCAAGAGCUUCUGGUACAUCAAGAAACCCAAUCCCUGCCAAUGAAGAGUCCACACCACAGUCUGACGGCGGGACAACCACAACAACAGACUCUUGGUGGAACUCGAGUCUGAAGACAGAGACCCGAACGCACAGUGGAAGCGGCACGCCAGGACAACCACCUUCUCAGGGCCCGGUCGUGAGCGACACCCACUCUGAAAGCACAGUGACCAGCUCCACUCUCACGUCCAACAGCCGCGGCCCCAUUCAUAUCAGCUCCGACAGGCCUCAUCUCAUCAACCUUCCGGGCCUGGAAGUCGUGGUUGAAAUCCAGCCCCCGCGUAAUGGGAUAGUAAGCUUGAGAACAGGCAGCGAGAUUGAUAAGAGUGCAGCAAGUCAUGGUGUCAAACUCGAAGAUCUCCGAGCUGGAGACGAGUUGGACUUUCAGCGAUCCGAGCACGAAACUUCGGUGAUGCUUCGUUUGCAGGAAAGUGGCGGCGAUUUGUGCUGUAUCGUUCUGGAGUGGACAUGA